UCUGAAUCAGCGCUCAGCGGCUGACGGGCCUCCGUCCGCCUGACGUUUGACUUUCAUUCAUCCCGAGAGCUUCCUCCGUUACCACGGAAACAGCAGCCAAAACGACCAGAACCUUUAUUCGAUCAUCCGAACCUUUAUUCUGAACCACAUGACCAUCUUUUCUUUGCUUUUAGAGAACUACGGAGGAAAGUAAAGUCAACGUUUGUUUCUGUCAUGUGUAAAUAAAAGGCUUUAUGAGGGGACCUUCUGGCUGGAUCCUCAAACACAAACACACAAAGUCCUCGUAGUAAAAACCCACCUACGUGUGUGUUUUGGAUAUUUUCUUUCCACCAGUCUGAAAGAAGCAAAACAGCCUCAAAAACCUCUGAAUUGUCGAGUGCACGAUGAGAGACGAGUCGUGACUUCAAGGCCACAACCAAGAACAAAGUCCCUUUAAUUGUCAAUUUGUCACAUUAAUGGAAUGAGACUCCUUUCUUCUCCAUAAAGUGAAAAUAAGAAGAAGUGAAAAGCUGACCUUGAACACAGUAAAUAACACAAAGACGGCAGAGACGACGUUGCCUCCUGAUUGUUGUUGUAGGUCAACAGAGACGCACUAAAACCUCUCAGCUCGUCUUUUGUUCCUCAGAAUGUGAUGAAUUCUGUGCUGAAGCUGGAUGAGCGACACGAGCGGCCCGCGGCGCGGCGUCGGGUCGACCCUGAGACACUUCACUGGAGCCAAAUGACUUACUGCAGCGGGGGGGGGGCUUCCUGCCGCCUUUUGUUGUGCGCUGCAGGUGUCGAGUGACACAACGCCACGCCGCCAAAGAACGUUAAAUAUUCUUAAGUGUGGAAACGGAGAAUGUGCCCUUGUGUUUUUAAAGGGAAGCUUUUUCCUUUUCUUCACACUUAAUAGAAUUCCUCAUUGAAAGACGUUUUAAUAUUUGACUUAAUCCUUUAAUCAAGGUCGACUGGGAUCAUCACGCCGCAACAGCUGUGAUGCAUUCUGGGCGUUUUUCCUGUAUCAUCUCGCGGUGGAGGAAUGAGGUCACUGACUGCUGACCUUCACACGUCCACGUGUGUGUGUGUGUGUGUGUGUGUGUGUGUGUGUCUUUGCUCCUGCAGAAACCCGGGAUGGAUCUGGCUGACACCUACAUCACCUUCAUACGGCAGAACCAGGACGUCCUCCGCGACUGCGUCAACGACGAGCUGCACGUGGAGGACGUGUUUGAGCGAUGGUACAGCAGCUCCAUGAAGGUGGUGUGCGUCUGGCUGGCGGACCGAGUGGACCUGCAGCUCCACACGUACCAGCUGAAGACCCUCAUCAAGAUCGUGAAGAAGACGUACCGGGACUUCAGGCUGCAGGGCGUCCUGGACGUCGCGCUGAACAACAAGAGCUACGAGACGGUCUACGCGCGGCUGGCGGGCGAAGAGGCCACGGCGGCCGUCAAGUCGGGGGACGGCCUGCAGGGCAUCAGCAUGAGGGACAGCGACGAGGAGGACGACUGAGGGCCCGUCUCCGUCCUCUCGUCUGGUCUUUGUCCUCGUCCUCUCGUCUCCUCCAUGUCUUCAGCUUCGUCCUCUUCGCAGAUCGCCGCGUGACUUCCGUCCCGAACUGUCCAAUGUCCACGUUUAAACGUCCACAAGUGUGAAUGGAUGACCAAACCUGGAGCUCUGGACCCCCCCGUCCCCCCCCGCCCCCCCCGUCCUCCUCCAGGUGCAGCCGUGCUGAUGUCUUUGAUGUCUUUGACUGUUUCCUUUUGUAAACAACCUUUCUUUGUAAUAAUGGCGGUUUGUUGAGGAUCUGUGACAGAAACAUAAAGAGCUGAAUGAACAUCUCAGCGGUUUCUCUGGUUUCUCUGGUUAUGGAAACCUAGUUGCUAUGGUGACCGGACCGGUCCUGUUGGGUAACUUACAUGACAAAUGUGACCUUUUCUAAAUGUGUCUCGAGCUGAAAACCUCAGGACAGAAUCCCGAGUUGGUUGCGUGACAUCUCCGACUCUGAGGGAACCAUCAGAAGGUCCCACGUGUCUCUCUGGGGGGGCCGUGGUUCCGUCUGCGAUCCGAGGGGGGGGGGGGGGGCGACACGUGAAGAAGUACAUUUCUAUUGUCUUGUUUCAGGUGUCUUCUGAGUGUAAUAAAAGUGUUUUUAAAGCUGCCGUGUUUUUAUUCUUUUAUUUGGUGC